GAGAGCUGCUCCAUGCUCCUUGCGGAUGUUUUCAAUUUGUACUUCAUUAGCUUAACUCCAUAAUUAACCAAUCAUUUUUAUACUUUUUUUUUAACAAACAAGAAACAACACAACAAACAAGAAUAUGUGAGAAGAGUCCAGUUGUCUCGAUUCAGACUUUGUACAUUAGCGUGAUUUGGAUGACCGGGAAUAUCCACAGACACGAAGAAAAGACGACAUUUUGGGCAAACACGUUGAAACAGUCAUUCAAGAGAGAAAGAUUUAAUUUGACUAGCAUCGACUCAACCAGGCCCAAUUGUGUCUGCCGGGCGCAGUGACUCUCCUGGCGGGCCAGAGGGCGCACGUGAGCCGCGUUGGCUGAGUGGCGAUGCCGCCUCCAGCCACGAGAGAAGAGAACAAGCGGAGACAAAACGCUCGCCCUCCCCUCCCCUCCCUUCCCUUCCCGUCCCUUCCCUCACUCUCGCUCCUCCGUGCCGUCGCCCAGUCAGCGCUCGGAGCUCCGACGCCGCGGCGUAUGUGCCUUGCGGCCGCGCGGAGAUAGCGCCCGCCCCCUCCCCACCCCACCACAGACACGGCGAGCCGCCCGCCUGCGUGGGGCCGGGGCCCGGCCUCGACAAAACCGAGAAUGUUUCGGGACCACCGGCGGCAUGUCGCGGGCUUGCUCCUGCUCUCACUUGAAAAGAGUCUUCGCUUUACUUCCACAAGUCAGCGCUGACAACUUUCAGAGGAGUUGGCUGUUUAAAAUACAAAAAACGAAAACAGACGACAACCAAUUGCGGUCUCAUGAUCCUAGCUUCUGGCGGCUCCGAAGAAGCCUCACAGAGUCGGGAAGGAGAUGCGCACGGGAUCCCCGCCAGGCAACUGGAUCUUCAAGAGGUUGUGUUUGUAAUCCGGAGUCAGAGCAACUCCUUCCACGCCAAGCAGGCGGAGAAACGACGGGAGGAUUUGCUCCAACAGGCGCACGCUCGGUCAGAGAAACCUCCAGUAGUUUUGCUCCUUCACAGUUUGUCUGACAACGAGGGAGACUGGAGCAUCCUUCCGCUCCUGCCUUAUUUGUCUGGCUCUUUCGGAAAGAAUUCCUCGUGGAUUGUGUUCCUGGAAGAGGAGACCGGCGUGAAGACGGCGAGGCUCGUUGAAGCGCUCGCAAACUUUGACGAGACUAAAGAAUGGUUCCUCGGGAAGCCGCUCCACGACGACGAGUCCACCAUCAUCCAUCACUACGCCUUUGCCGAAAACCCCUCCAUCUUUAAAUACCCCGACUUCUCUGCCGCAUGGGCCUUAAGCAUCCCCCUGGUGGUCCGGCUUGGAAACAAAGUCCAAGAGGAGCCGCUUAAAUCGGACUUCACCAUCGACCUGAAACACGAGGUGGCCUUGUACAUUUGGGACGGGGGCAACGGUCCUCAUCUGACCGCCGUGCCGCAGCUGUGCACGGACCGCGAGGACUCCCCUAAGGCUGAGCUGUGCGCCACCACGCUGAGACCCGAGCCUCCCCCCUGUGGGGAGCCAGUAAAAAAGGACAACGUCUUUGUUGCCGUGAAAACGUGCAAGAACUUUCACAGCGAGCGAGUCCCGGUCAUCAAGAAGACGUGGGAGAGACACGCAGUCUAUCUGGAGUACUACAGCGACCACGCCGACGCUUCGAUACCGACCGUUGAUUUGGGAGUACCCAACACGGAGAGAGGACACUGCGGGAAAACGUUCGCCAUCCUCAACAGAUUCAUGAGCGCCAACGUCCCCGACACCGAGUGGCUCCUCGUCGUGGACGACGACACGCUGAUCAGUCUCCCCCGACUGCGAUCCUUGCUGAGCUGCUACAACGCAUCGGAAGCCGUGUAUCUGGGCGAGCGCUACGGCUACGGCCUCAGCCAGGGCGGCUACAGCUACAUCACGGGAGGCGGCGGCAUGGUGUUCAGCAGGGAGGCGGUGGCGCGCCUCCUGCAAAGCGGCUGCAAAUGUUACAGCGAUGACGCGCCGGACGACAUGGUGCUUGGAAUGUGUCUCAACGCGCUCGGCAUUCCCGCCACACACAGUCCGCUUUUCCAUCAGGCUCGGCCGGAGGACUACGCGGCGGACUUGCUCGCUCACCAGGUGCCCAUUUCUUUCCACAAACACUGGAACGUGGACCCCGUGGUGGUUUUCCACAAAUGGCUGAAGGACGUCGACCGCGAAACCCCAACUGGACUCGACAGCGAUAAGAGCACCAAGACGGAGCUGUGAAUUAAAAACUCGUACGGAUGAAUGUGUAUGUACUGAGCGCGUUUCAGAUGUUGUCACAGUAAAGCUACGAUACAGCGUGUGCGGGACUAAAUUGCAUGUUAUAAAUAUUUAUACAGUACUGUGUAUGUAAAGAAACCUUACGGAUGACGUUCUCUCUGUAAUGUUCACCGAAUAGCCCUCUGCUGUGUUCUAGAAUCUAUUUUGAAAUAAAUGUGUACA